UUCUGUUGUCGGCUAUCUUCACAAGGAAUCUAAUAAGAAUUGUACCUAAAAAAUUUAUUUGUUUGCAAUUUUUUGGAAAUCAAGAAAAUCGUGGGUGGCCGUAACAUGGGAGACGAUGUAGACGAAAAGGACGACUGUAAAAGGAAGACACGUAAUCUUAGUGAGAAAAAACGACGAGACCAAUUUAACUCGCUUGUGCAUGAGUUGGGCUCAAUGAUAACAACGCAUAAUAGAAAAAUGGACAAAUCUUCUAUUCUCAAAUCUACUAUAGCCUUCUUGAAGAAUCACGAAGAAAUAAUCGCACAAGCAAGAGCAUAUGAUGUGCAAGAAGAUUGGAAGCCGGCUUUCUUAUCAAAUGAAGAGUUUAUAUAUCUAGUUCUUGAGGCACUAGAGGGAUUUGUUAUUGUGUUUUCAGCAAUUGGUCGCAUCUAUUAUGUCUCUGAAACUGUUGCUUCAAUAUUAGGCCACAAUCCGAAUGAUGUUGUGGAUAAAAGCAUAUAUGAUUUUGUAUAUGAGGAAGAUCGGCCUAAUCUCCAUGGAUUACUUCAAAACCCAGAUAUGUCAGUCCAUGCACCACCAGGGGCUAAUACAGAUAACGAGAUAAGGUUCCACUGUCACCUGCGUAGGGGCAGGCUUGAUUUCCGUGAAGAGGACUCAUACGAACUUAUUCAGUUUAGUGGCCAUUUCAGUACUGAUAUUGAACAGAGUGCCAACUGCGAUAUAACUUUUGAAGAUGAAAAUGAAUCCAGGCUCGUAUACUUCUGCAUUGCUAGGCUAUGUACGCCUCAACUCGUCCGGGAUGUUUCGCUUGCGGACCCCAAUCGCAAAGAGUUCACUUCAAGGCACAGUUUGGAAUGGAAGUUCCUUUUCCUAGACCACCGCGCUCCUCCGAUUAUUGGCUAUCUACCGUUUGAAGUGCUGGGCACAUCUGGUUAUGAUUACUAUCAUUUUGACGAUCUGGAGAAAGUUGUCACCUGCCAUGAAGCAUUGAUGCAAAAGGGAGAGCUAACCUCGUGCUACUACAGAUUUCUAACCAAGGGACAGCAAUGGAUAUGGCUUCAGUCACGAUUCUAUAUAACCUACCAUCAAUGGCAUUCCAAACCAGAGUUUGUUGUAUGCACACAUCGUGUUGUGAGCUAUGUUGACGUGGACACGCCUACAAAGGAAGAAAAUAUAGAGGAAGAAGAAGCAGUAUCACCUGAGCCAUGCCAUAGUAGGGUAAAGGAGCAAUCCCCAGUUUCCUCCGCCGCAGUGUCACCUGUAUACAUUUCUGAACCUGGUGAACCCUAUGGGAGCUCUCAGUCUCCAUCACGGGCGCAGUCAGUGAAGUCGGCGGCAACAUCGGCCGGCAGCACCAGUGCUACCGUCGCUACAAUGGGCACUGCGAACACGACGGCUGGCACGUCGUCGUGGCUGCGGCCCUCGUACAGACCCUACGGAGGCGACUCCGAAACCGCGUCGGUUUCGGGCGACUCGCGAUCGUCGCACCGACAUGUUCCGCAUGAUGCAUCUGUCAUCGUCCAAGAACCACCGAUCGUGCCGCAGCAAAAUAUUGGUGCGCAAUAUUUGGAACCAGUUCCUUAUGUGGGCGCGGUCGGUAUGGCCAGCGUACUCCCGUUGCCUUUGCAACCUGUUCCGGUCAUCGUUGCGCCCGGACAGGCUCAGUUACAGCAGGUGCAGAUGCAGCACACUCACCGCGAGCUACAGCACUUGAUAGCGCGCCAGCAAGAGGAGCUGCGUCAGGUCAAGGAACAACUGAUGCUGGCACGCCUUGGCAUCUUCCAGCCCGUCAUUAGUGUUCAGGAUCCGUACGGGCAUGCUGAGGAAAUACUUCAUGUUCCUCACAUUCCAGCACAAAUUGUCUACGAAGGCGCGCAGGCUGGUUUUCCGCCACAACAGCUGCAACAGCCGCAGCCGCACCAGCUGAUCCAGCCGCAGCCGCACCUGUUGCAGUCGCACCAGGCUCAACAGCACCUGACACAGCCGCAUGUGCAGCCGAUACAGAUGCACCAGACACCAGCAACAUACAACUCCUCCCAGCAGCACACCUCCCAGCAGCCCUCCUCCCAGCGACACACCUCCCAGCAGCUCCACAUCCAGCAGCACACUUCUCAGCAACACACUUCGCAGCAGCUCUCCCCCGAGCAGCUCGACUCCCAACAGCAACCCUCCCACCAGCACCACACCCAGCAGCACAACACCCAACAGCUCUCCUCCCCGCAGCACCCCUCCCCGCAGCACCCCUCACAGCAGCACACCUCCCAGCAGGUUUCCUCCCAGCAGCACCACUCUCAACAGCGGGCCUCCCAACAGCUCGGCUCCCCACAGCACCUCUCCCAGCAAUUUUCCGCCCUUCAGCACUCCUCCCAGCAGCAUAUCUCUCAACAGCUACCCUCCCAACAGCUCUCCUUCCAGCAAAACACCUCCCAGCAGCUUGCCUCCGAGCAGCACCACUCCCAGCAGCGCCAUUCCCAGCAGCGCCAUUCCCAGCAGCACCAAUCCCAGCAGCACCACUCUCAGCAGCACCACUCCCGGCAGCACCACUCCCAGCAGUUUGGCUCCUCCCAUCACCAUUCCCACCAGUAUACCUCCCAGCAGCACACCUCCCAGCAGCACUCCUCCCGGCAGCUCACAUCUCAGCAGCACGGCUCCCAGCAGCACACAUCCCAGCAGUACACCUCCCAGCAGCACACCUCCCAGCAGCACUCCUCCCGGCAGCUCACAUCUCAGCAGCACGGCUCCCAGCAGCACACAUCCCAGCAGUACCCCUCCCAGCAGCACACCUCCCAGCAGCACACCUCCCAGCAGCACACCUCCAAGCAGCUCCCCGCCCAUCAGCAGAUCUCCCAGCAACUCCCCUACCAGCAGCACACCUCCCAACAGCAUACUUCGCAGCAGCUGCCCUCCCAGCAGCUUAACUUCCAGCAGCACACUUCCCAACAGCGCAUCUCCCAACAGCUGCCUAUCCAGCAGCACAGCGCCCAACAGCACCACUCCCCGCAGCGCCUCUCCCCGCAAAGCCACUCCCCGCAGCGCCACUCCCCGCAGCGCCGCUCCCCGCAGCGCCUCUCCCCGCAGCGCCUCUCCCCGCAGCGCCUCUCCCCGCAAAGUCUCUCCCCGCCGCACCUGUCCCCGCCGCACCCCUCCCAGCAGCACACCUCCCAGCAACACCACUCCCAGCAGUUGCACUCCCAGCAGCUGCACUCCCAGCAGCUGCACUCCCAGCAGCUCCUCUCUCCGCCGCACCUCUCCCCGCCGCACCUCUCCCCGCCGAACCUCUCUCCGCCGAACCUUUCCCCGCCGCACCCCUCCCAGCAGCUCUCCACUCAUCAGCACACCUCCCAUCAGCAUUCCUCCCAGCAACACAACUCCCAGCAGCUGCUCUCCCAGAAGCACACCUCCCAGCAGCUCCUUAACCAGCAGCACUCCUCCCAGCAGAUCCCCUCCCAGCAGCACACCUCCCAGCGACACACUUCUCAGUUGCAUACCUCCCAGCAGCACACGUCCCAGCAACACCAGUCGCUGUCAAAUCCCUCACAGAAGCACACCUCGCAUUCGCAUGCCUCUCAGCAGCACCCAUCUCAGAUGCAUCAUUCUCAACUGCACCGCUCCCAGCAGCACCCCUCCCAGUCACAUUCCUCGCAGAUGCAUACCUCUCAGCAUUUCCCCUCGCAGUCACAUUCUGCGCAGCAACAACACUCGCAGCAACAACACUCGCAGCAACAACACUCGCAGCAACAACACUCGCAGCAACAACACUCGCAGCAACAACACUCGCAGCAACAACACUCGCAGCAACAACACUCGCAGCAACAACACUCGCAGCAACAACACUCGCAGCAACAACACUCGCUGCAACAACACUCACAGCAACAACACUCGCAGCAACAACACUCGCAGCAACAACACUCGCAGCAACAGCACUCGCAGCAACAGCAUUCGCAGCAACAACAUUCGCAGCAACAACACUCGCAGCAACAACACUCGCAACAACACCCCUCGCAGUUGCAUCCCUCUCAGUUACAUCCCAUGCAGCAGCACCUCUCCCAGCAACAUGCCUCGCAGCCGCGUCAGCACUAG